AGCUUUCUCUCACACCUCCAUAACACGUCUCCGCUCGUCCAUCUCUCGCUAACCACCACACCCCCGUCAACACAACAGACACCAUGUCCGCCGACAACAAGCUGAUCUUCCUGGAGAAGGCCGCCGUCUUUGGGUCGGGUGCCUUCGGCACUGCCCUCGCCAUGGUUCUCUCCAAGAAGUGCAAGCAGGUCAACGUGUGGCACAUGAACCAGAAGGAGGCCGCCCUCGUCAACGAGAAGCACGAGAACGUGCUCUUCCUCAAGGGCGUCCCCCUCGCCAAGAACGUCAAGUUCACCGCCGACGUGGACGAGACCUACAAGGGUGCCGGCGCGAUCCUCUUCGUGAUCCCCACGCAGUUCAUGCGCGGCUUCCUGAAGGCGCACGGGGCGAAGCUGCUGUCGUACGUCAAGGCGAACAAGGUGCCCGUGGUGGUGUGCUCCAAGGGCAUCGAGCGCUCGUCCCUCCUCUUCCCGGAGCAGAUCCUCAGCGAGUUCUUCCCCGGCGUCUCCCUCUCCGUGCUGGCCGGUCCCAGCUUCGCGGCGGAGGUGGCACGCGGCGUGUUCACCUGCGUCAGCGUGUGCAACCGCAACAUCGACGAGGCGCGCCAGCUGCAGCGCAUCAUGACCACGGCCGACCACAGCUUCCUGUGCUUCGCCACCACCGACACGGCGGGCUCGGAGGUGGCCAGCGCCAUGAAGAACGUGCUCGCCAUCGGCUCCGGCAUUGCCUCCGGUCUCGGCAUGGGGCUUGACGCCCGCGCCGCCCUGAUCGCCCGCGGUCUGCUGGAGAUCCGCGACGUGACGAAGGCGCUGGGCGGCGACGGCGCCGCCGUGUUCGGCCUCCCCGGCCUCGGCGACCUGCUGCUGACCUGCUCGUCGGAGCUGUCGCGCAACUUCACCGUGGGCAAGCGGCUCGGCCAGGGCGAGACCCUGGACCACAUCCAGAAGACCAGCAAGGCGGUCGCCGAGGGCGUCUUCACGGCGGACCCGCUGAUGCGCCUUGCGGCGAAGCUGAAGGUGGAGCUGCCCAUCUGCUCCCUCAUCCACCGCGUCGUGGCUGGCCAACUGACGCCGCGCGACGCCGUGACACAGCUGAUCUCCCGCGACGUCCGCGACGAGGGCCUGCCGAAGCUCUUCAACUUCCACAAGACCACCUCCAGCCUGUAG